GUCUAGCAGGCCCCAGUGAUCAAGCUGCGGGAGAGUAGGCAGUGCUCUUGCCCGGGGUUAAGGCCUUUGGGCAGGGCUGCGCAGCUCGGCCGGCGAAGUAAAGAUGAGCUCGGGGGCGUGGCCUAGGGGUGGGGCCUGAGGGCGGGGUACAGAGAAGAACUCGGAGUAGGGAUGUGCGUGCGCCUGGGAAUUCCGAAGAGGCCGGGGCCGGAAGGGAUACAGCUUUUCCAGUCACUUUGUACCUAUAUAUUGAUUUGUGCCCACCAGAUCAAGGAGGAGGGUUAAACACUUCAAGAUGAGAAAAGUUGAUCUCUGUUUGAGCUCUGAGGGGACUGAAGUGAUUUUAGCUACAUCAAGUGAUGAAAAACACCCCCCUGAAAAUAUGAUUGAUGGGAAUUUAGAAACAUUUUGGACCACCACAGGAAUGUUCCCCCAGGAGUUCAUUGUUUGUUUUCACAAACAUGUGAGGAUUGAAAGGCUUGUAAUCCAAAGUUACUUUGUGCGAACCUUGAGGAUUGAAAAGAGUACCUCUAACGAGCCAGUUGACUUUGAGCAGUGGAUUGAAAGAGAUCUAGUACACACAGAGGGGCAGCUUCAAAAUGAAGAAAUUAUGGCACAGGAUGAUGGCCAUGCUACUUACUUGAGAUUCAUUAUUACAUCAGCCUUUGAUCAUUUUGCAUCUGUUUAUAGCAUUUCUGCAGAGGGAAUAGCAGUCUCACAUCAUUCUUAAUGAUUAUAACAAAAUGCUCUUACAUGAUUUUUAAUAAUAUAUUUAUUUAAAAAUGAAAUUGUCAUUGACAUACUUUAUUAAAGGGAUUUAUAUCAA